GAAACCCGACCCAGCUUGAGGAGAGGAGGGAUUCCGCCCAGUGCUGCUGCUGUCAGGCUGUUGCGCGGCGCGCGUGGGGACUGUGGAAUUCGCCGGAGCUCUUUCCACUGCGCGGCAGCAGAACCAGCGGAGGCGAGAUAUCGGAGGGAGCUGCCUGCCGCUCUUACCCUUAAUAACGCGGUUCUUCUCUGCUAGCGGCGGCAGCUCCUUGCUGGUGCGUUGCAGGCGGUGCUGCGGAGCCCCCAGCACAGGGACUGCGGCGGCGGCGGCGGCGGCGCUGCUGCCGAAGGAGGGAUGGAUGUAGCGUCGGAGUUGUACUACCUGGCCGUCCCGCUGCUCUUCACCGUCUUGGCCGUGAUCCUCGCCUCGGUCUUUGUGAAGCUGAGGACCGGCUCGGAGGGCGACAAAGCGGCGGCGGCGGCGGCCCCGGGAGGAGGCGAGCCCCGAGAGGCCGCCGAGGAGAGCGCUGCGGCAGAGCCGGCGGACGGGGCAGAGGGCGGCGAAGCGGGAGCGGAGGAGCCGGGCGCAGCGGGGCCUCCCCGGCUUCCUGAGGAGGGAGGCGGGGAAGUGAAGGGCGAGGGGAGAAGGCGCCGCGAGGAGGAGGAGAUCGGGGCUGGCGAAGAAGAAGGGGACGAGGAGGAGAAAGAGCAGCGCCAGGAGAGAAGCGCCGAGGAGGACGAGGGCGCCGCCGCUGCCGCCUCUAGGACUGCCCAAGCCGGACAGCAGAGCCACCCGCAGGAGGUCAAGAUCCCCAGCCAGGCGGCGGCGGCUGUCGCUGCAGCUCCGGUGGCGGUAGAAGAAGAGCAGGAGGAAGAGGAGGAAGAAGAGGAGGAGGAGGAAGAGGAGGAGAGCAAGGAAGAAGAUCAGGAAUCAGAAAAUGAGAAACUAGUGGUGAGGGAACCUGAGACUGAAGAUGCAGAUGAACAGUUCUCCUUUAAAUAUAGUCCUGGAAAACUGAGAGGAAACCAGUAUAAAACCAUGAUGACCAAAGAAGAACUUGAAGAAGAACAAAGGAUUGAGCUGACCUCUGACCUCACAUCCCUGUAGCAAGUACCUUAGGUCCUCGGCCACAAACAUUCUUACAAAUCUUUUUGAACUGAAGACUAUAUGAAGUUAUCCCUAAACUCUUCCUAAGGCUUUCCCUUUGGCAUCUUUAAAGGCUUGAGAAACAAACCAACCCCAAACCAACCUGAUACGCAUACAUAACCGAAAAAUAAAUAACCCCUCAAAAUACGGGACUUUCUCUUUGGCUGAACGAAGCCGAGUUCCUCAGAAUAAAUCUUUGUAAAUAUCGAGACCGGAAAGGAUCUGUGUGGCUUGAUCCCAAGAAUUAAGUGGGCUAGAGAAAGUUACGGAAGUUACAUUUUGAGGGUACUGUUCUUGGAUGUCAAAGUAAAACUCAUGAAUGCACUUUGUUGUGACAACCACUCCAUAUCUGCUGUAUCCAAAAGAAAAACCUGAGAUAUUCCAUUUAGAUAGCAUGGACAAAGGUUACCCAUUGCAUCAGCCAGUCCAGAGAUACAAUAUCAAACUAUUUGGUCCCUUUCCACCCCUCUACCUGGGACCAAAAACUUCCUUUAUAUCCUUGAAGACAAUGCAUUGAGAUAUAAAGCAUUGUGAUGGUUUGUGGAUGGUGGAAGGAUGUAGACUUUAGUGUAGCCUGUCUUGCUUCAUAGCCUUUUGAAGACGAAGCAGUCCUCCAUCUUAGGUAGAAUGAAUCCUGAGAGAUAAGAAUGCACUCCUAGGCCUGUGUACUCAGAAGUAAGUCCCACUGAGUUCAAUGGGGCUUACUCCCAGCAAAAUGGAUAUACAGGAUUGCCGCCUUAGUGUAAUAGUUCAUGACUGAUUUUCAUCCUGAGGUCUGAGCACCAUUAAUGCUCGAUAGCCAAUGCUUCUGUUUAGUUAGCAGUUGCUUCCUGUCCCCAAUAACAGAGUUAGAAAACAUAAUCCAUGAAAUGUAAGGCAACUCUUGAAAUAUUAAUUAUAAACUUAACCUCAAAGAUCCUUGUUUUCUUUUCUCCCUGACACUACACUGUUACAUCUUUUUUGAACUUCUCUGUUCUUUGCUUCCCUGAAAGAUUUAUCCAAUCAUUAACCCAUACAGAAAAUAACAUCUGAUGGGCCUUAGUGGCUAGAAACCAUCAAUUACUAUAAGCCCACACUGGUUUUAUAAGUCUUUUCCUCCACAAAGGUAGUAUUUCAGGACAAUACUGGUGUCACUUCCUGUUUUGCAAAAUUACCAUUUUAGGCUGGAAUUUCCUCCCAAUACUCCUGUUUUUUCUUCAUGUUUUGAGGGCAGACUGAUUCGAUGCUUAAUAAUAUAUCAAACCCAAGCUGCUUUUAAAAAUGAUAACUUAUGCAGACAAUACUUGAAAUUGUUUAGUCAAUCAUUCUUUGGGGCACCUAGGUUUGGGGCAGAUGUUUUUCCCCCCUAGCAUAACUUUUUCAAGGGCUUAUUGAGGAAACAGUGGGAAGUUUGGCUUUUCUUUCUUUUUUUUAAGUCUAAGCUUCUGCUUCUGUAUGUUUUCACUAGCAAUACAGUUUGCAAUUGAAUCCUAUUUAUAUAUACAAAUAUGUAUAAGGACACUCGGCUUUGAAAAAACUGUUAGCAACCAUUCUGCCUCCAACUCACAUUGACAGAUGCAGUGUUCCAAACAGCAUUAACUAUGCAAAGAAUGCCUUAUAUACAAUAUAACGUCUCAGUAUACAGCAAUACGUCUAUUGUACAAGGAAUAUUACUAGUGGCAGCGAGCAAAGCUAUCUCCUCAAUAGUGACAAAACUGGCUGUCUGGGUAUUUUUUACAUUUUUUUUUCUAAAUGUGAAGGUGGAUCUUAUAUACAUAGGACUGUAAUUUCUAGUGGCUUAAAAUGUAUAUUGCCAUUAUUCAGUCCAAUAAACCUUUAAAUAGUUUA